CCCAGAACUGCAUCCCGCUCCAGCCUGCACUUCGCCUCGUUUUUCUGAGGGUCCUCGGCGAUCAGCAUGGAGAGGGGCCACUGCUGAGAGCCCAGUCCCAGCCUGGCCACCACGGAGCCCUACUGCCAACCAAGAAGUUCCUGCUGCCACCCUGACCUCCUGUCAUCACAGGACAAGGAUGGAGAUGCCUCUUGGCUCACGCUUCUAUGGCUGUUUGGCUGUAUUUCUCUUCCUGCCCUUCCUGAGCCUAGCACAGUAUGAGAGCUGGCCCUACCAGCUCCAGUAUCCUGAGUACUUCCAGCAGCCAGCUCCCGAGUACCGCCAGCACCAGGUGCCCUCUGAUGUGGUCAAGAUCCAGGUACGCCUGGCGGGCCAGAAGAGGAAGCAUAAUGAAGGCCGUGUGGAGGUCUAUUAUGAAGGCCAGUGGGGCACUGUGUGUGAUGAUGACUUCUCCAUCCAUGCUGCCCACGUUGUCUGCCGAGAAGUGGGUUAUGUGGAAGCCAAGUCCUGGACUGCAAGCUCUUCCUAUGGCCCAGGGGAAGGACCCAUCUGGUUGGACAACAUCCACUGCACCGGCAAAGAGGCGACCCUGGCAGCCUGCUCCUCCAAUGGCUGGGGUGUCACGGACUGCAAGCACACAGAAGACGUUGGUGUGGUGUGCAGUGACAAGAGGAUUCCUGGGUUCAAAUUUGACAAUUCAUUGAUCAACCAAAUAGAGAGCCUAAACAUACAGGUGGAAGACAUACGGAUUCGGCCCAUCCUUUCUGCCUUCCGCCAUCGCAAGCCUGUGACGGAGGGCUAUGUGGAGGUCAAAGAGGGCAAGACAUGGAAGCAGAUCUGUGACAAGCACUGGACCGCCAAGAAUUCCCACGUGGUCUGUGGCAUGUUUGGCUUCCCUGCAGAGAAGACCUACAACCCCAAAGCCUACAAAACCUUUGCCUUGAAGAGGAAGCUGCGCUACUGGAAAUUUUCUAUGAACUGCACGGGGACGGAAGCCCACAUCUCCAGCUGCAAGCUGGGCCCUCCAGUGUCCAGGGACCUUGUGAAGAAUACCACCUGUGAGAACGGUCAGCCAGCAGUGGUCAGUUGUGUGCCUAGCCAGAUCUUCACUCCUGAUGGGCCCUCGAGGUUCCGGAAAGCCUACAAGCCAGAGCAACCCUUGGUGCGGCUGAGAGGUGGAGCCCAGGUCGGGGAGGGCCGAGUGGAGGUGCUCAAGAAUGGAGAAUGGGGAACCGUCUGUGAUGACAAGUGGGACCUGGUCUCUGCCAGUGUGGUCUGCCGGGAGCUGGGCUUCGGGACUGCUAAAGAGGCCGUCACAGGCUCCAGGCUCGGGCAAGGGAUCGGGCCCAUUCACCUCAACGAGGUCCAGUGCACGGGGACCGAGAAGUCCAUCAUAGACUGCAAACUCAACACAGAGUCACAGGGCUGCAACCAUGAGGAGGAUGCUGGUGUGCGAUGCAACAUUCCCAUCAUGGGCUUCCAGAAAAAGCUGCGCUUGAAUGGAGGCCGCAACCCCUAUGAGGGCCGAGUGGAGGUACUGACAGAGAGAAAUGGGUCGCUUGUGUGGGGCACCGUAUGUGGCCAGAACUGGGGCAUUGUGGAGGCCAUGGUGGUCUGCCGGCAGCUAGGCCUGGGCUUUGCCAGCAACGCCUUCCAGGAGACCUGGUACUGGCAUGGAAAUGUCUUUGCCAACCAAGUGGUCAUGAGUGGAGUGAAGUGCUCGGGGACAGAGCUAUCCCUGGCACACUGCCACCACGAUGAGGAGGUGACCUGCCCUGAGGGUGGGGUGCGCUUCGGUGCUGGAGUUGCCUGCUCAGAAACUGCACCUGACCUGGUGCUUAACGCCGAGAUUGUGCAACAGACCGCCUACCUAGAGGACAGGCCCAUGUUCUUGCUGCAGUGCGCCAUGGAGGAGAACUGUCUCUCAGCCUCCGCUGUCAACACCAACCCCACCACGGGCUACCGUCGCCUUCUCCGCUUCUCCUCCCAGAUCCACAACAAUGGCCAGUCCGACUUCCGCCCCAAGAAUGGCCGCCAUGCGUGGAUUUGGCAUGACUGCCACAGGCACUACCACAGCAUGGAAGUAUUCACUUACUAUGACCUGCUGAGCCUCAAUGGCACCAAGGUGGCUGAGGGUCACAAGGCCAGCUUCUGCUUGGAGGACACAGAGUGUGAGGGAGACAUUCAGAAGAGUUAUGAGUGUGCCAACUUUGGAGAACAAGGUAUCACCAUGGGCUGCUGGGACAUGUACCGUCAUGACAUUGACUGCCAGUGGAUAGACAUCACCGAUGUGCCCCCUGGAGACUACCUGUUCCAGGUUGUCAUUAACCCCAACUACGAGGUGCCAGAAUCAGAUUUCUCUAACAACAUCAUGAAGUGUAGGAGCCGCUAUGAUGGUUACCGCAUCUGGAUGUACAACUGUCACGUCGGUGGAGCCUUCAGCGAGGAGACUGAGCAGAAGUUUGAACACUUCAGUGGACUUCUAAAUAAUCAGCUCUCUGUGCAGUAGAGAGAAGACCUGGGGCCAGGCAUGAUGGCUCAUGCCUGUAAUCCCUGCACUCAGGCUGAGGCAGGAGGAUUGCCACGAGAUUUCCACUCCAGACAUUAGACCAAGCUUCUGUCUCAACAAAAGAAAAGACAAAAGACAAAAAGAAAAGGAAAAUGACUUAAUGGUCACCUACUGAGUUCAGGUGACAGUGUCUCCUGGGGGGAAUACCAAUUGCCAUCUCCUGGCUAGCCAGAUCUAGCUGAGAAGAAAGGCGCUCCUUCAUUGACCAGACACUGCUGCGUGUCCCUGUCCUGAGGCCUCAGAGGCAGGGGCUUUGGCACAUGGCUAUAGGAACUGGAUGGCAAGCUAUGCGCAGCUUAUCCCAUCCAAGUUUUGGUAUAUCGUAAGUGUGACAUCACCACACUCUGCCUAGGUGGGCCAUCUUCUCCUGGAGAUGUGGCAGGUAUGAACUGAGCAGAGGUGGGCGAGCCGGAUUCCAUUUUCCCCCUUCUUAGGUCAUUUCUGGAAAACUUGAAUAUCGAGACCUCUGUAUUAAGUGUUUUCUUCUUGUUGUACAAACUUCAUGACAAGAUCAACUCGAGGAAGGCAGGCUCUGUUUUGGCCUUCGUGGUUUGAGGACCCGGUGCAUUGUUGUGGCAAAGAAGGCAUUGCUGCAGGGGCAUGCCCUGUCUGGUUUCAA